UCAGAGGUAAUAAAGCUAUUACAAUCAAAAUACCACUCUAAAGAAGAAACAAAUUAUCUGUGAGAAAGUUCAAAUGAAACUCAGCAAAGAAUGCUUUCAUCCUUACAAUAUGUGCAUUACAGACCUAAGGACUUCCCACUGGGAAGAAGCAAUCUAGGAAACAAAAGGAGGUAAGGACAACAGGAGAUUGGCUGAGGAGUGUUAUUUCUUGUGGAAAUCGACACGGCUGCAGCAUAUGAGCUUGGCAGAAGAUGUUAAAGCCAUGCUCACAGAACUUCGCAAAGAGGUCUGCCUGCUCUUGUUAACAAAUGGUGACAGACAGACGCAGCGGGAAAAGAUCAAGGCUUGUGCCUGUCAGUCCUACUUUGACGCUAUUGUUGUAGGCGGAGAGCAGAAGGAGGAGAAGCCAGCACCUUCCAUAUUUUAUCACUGUUGUGAUCUCCUUGGAGUACAGCCUGGGGACUGCGUGAUGGUUGGUGACACGCUGGAGACUGAUAUACAAGGAGGUCUCAAUGCAGGGCUGAAAGCUACUGUGUGGAUAAACAAGAGUGGAGUCAUGCCACUGACGUCCCCUAUUCCACAUUACACAGUUUCUUCUGUGUUAGAACUACCUGCUCUCUUACAGAAUAUUGAUUGUAAAGUCAGUUUGUCCACGUAAAGCACAUCAAAAGCACAGUUUCAAAUUUUAGAAUCUAUUUCCAGGGUCGAAACUAAGAAGACUUAAGCCAUUUUGUAUAUUAUGGUCCAAGUUCUGAAAGUAAUUUGACUUGGGAUUUGAUAGCAAAUUUGUGAGAAUCUUCGCAACCUCAUUGCUCUUUAUGACCAACCAUGGACUUGUAUUUAUAUCUGAAAAUCCAGAUUAUGUUAAUACAAGUUAGUGCUCUAGUCCAAAACAUUUGAGGAGAUACAUCAUUUUUUAGACUGUAACUUAAGAUUUGAAAAAAUUGUAUUUUUAAUCUUUUAGUAUUUUGGCUUCGUGGUACAAAGCAGAAUAGUUUACAUUUGGAUAUGCAAGUACAGGUUGUAUGGCUUAAAAAGAUACUUUUUAAAAAUAGAUAUUCUAAAAAUUUAUAGUAGAGAUUUAUCAGAGAAACUGAGUCUGGUUAAUACGAAAUAAAUACUAAAU